ACACUCAGGAAAUCACGCUAGUGUGUUUUUCUCUACUUCUUCAGAAUGUAACAAUGUUCUUUCGGCUGCAUUUGUAGGACUCCUGGUCAAGUACAACAAAAAGAAGCAGUGUGUAAUAUCCCAUCCAUCUAACCUGCCGGACAUGGAAGACACACACUCACAUGAGCUUUUGGGAAGAAACGCAGCCUAGCAGCAUUUAUACACCUCUUACUAUAUCUUAUUGUAGAAUGAGACAUUCCUAAUGCCAGCAUCACAGCUCACUGGUGUAAACAUUGAAAAGAGAGAGAGAAAAAAAGGAGAAACUUUGGCACACGAGGUGAGGUUGUCAUUUUUUUUGUUAUUGAGGGACUCAGUCCUGGCAACAGUUUCCUAAAGAUCUGGUCGACAAGGCUGAAGAUUCUUAACAAUAUAAUAAGGAUGCAUCGCAGAAUUCAUAGCAGCCAAAGGGAUGUUUUAUUUGCACCUUUUAAACUGUAUACCCCCCACCUUUUCUGGAUUAUUUUUCCAUGUUUUCUAUUCACUGUGUCUGAUGCUUGCCCAUUUUAUUGUGAAUGUUUUUCAGCUUCAGCAACUGUAUGGUGUAGUUCUCCAAACCUGACAGAUGUCCCAGAGGAAAUUCCAGUCUGGGUUCAAAACUUGACUAUAUCAGGCAGUAAUAUAACUGUGCUUGGGAUAAGAGCUUUCACAAGGAAUGGAUCAAAGCUCUACAAUUUAUCUUUUCUCUCUCUCACUGGUAACAAUAUUGAAAAGAUUAACAGUUUAGCUUUUGAUGGGUUGCCAAAUGUUAGCCACUUGGAUUUGAGCAGGAAUAUGUUGCAGAAUAUAUCUGAUGAUGCUUUCUUAGGAUUUCAAAGGCUUCAGGUUUUGAACUUAUCUGAGUCACUGGAAUCACUGGGAGAUUCAGGGGAAACUCAGCUGUCUAAUGCUCUAUGCAUCAAAAGCCUGAGCACUACCUUAAAAAGACUGGAUCUUUCAAAGAAUAAACUAAAGAAUUUUCCAAAUAAAAUAACUGAAAAAAUGAAUCUAGAGUAUUUGAAUUUUCGUGGCAAUGCUCUACAAUAUAUUAAUGGAGACAGCCUUGCAGAAUGGUACUCUCAGAAUAAACUGAAGGUUUAUUUAAGUGACAACCCUUUCUUAUGUAACUGCAGUUUGAUUCCCUUGUUUUUAUGGAUAAAAAACUCAUCACUGGUGCCCGAUGCUCAAACUUUGAUCUGUUCUGGUCCAAAAAGUUGGAAUGCAACAUUUAUUAACAAACUCCAGCUUGACGAUAUAAAGUGUAAAAAUGAAGAUUUAGAAACAGUUUCAUAUGUGUUUUUGGGCAUUGUGCUUGCCCUUAUUGGUGUUGUUUUCCUUAUGGUGUUAUACUUAAACAGAAAAGGGAUAAAAAGGUGGAUGAAUAACUUGAGAGACGCAUGCAGAGAUCAGAUGGAGGGUUAUCAUUACAGGUAUGAGCAAGACUCUGACCCAAGGCGUUCCACUGCCACAAUUUCUGUAUGAAAAUAAAAAAGAUAAUCUCACCAAAUUUUAUUUUAGCCUUAACAUACAGGAUACUAGGACUGAAAUAUCAGUAACAGAGAAGAGAAAUUGCUUAUAUGUUAUGAAUCAGGGAGAUAGUGGCUAUAAAUUAUAGGACUUUUAUUUUUUUUUAUAUAUUUUUACCAAACUACAUGUAUUCUCCCUGCACUUUUUCAGAAGUGAAUGGAUAUGCUUAGACUCAGUGUGUCCCUAUAUAAGAAAAAGAAUGCUGCAUCAUAGUGCUUUAAAAUUCAGCGCUGCUGAAGUGUUUCGUAAGUAAAGCCAUAAUAGACUGCAUCAUCUGAAUGCUGAUUCUGGGAAUUCCCCUUUCCUGUAGUGUCGUACUGCACCUGUGAUCUCCUAUAUGAAAUGCUCUUCCCUCUCUCUCUCUCUCUCUCUCUCUCUCUCUUUCUCUUACUCUCUCCAUAUUGUUUUUAUGUUUAGAAGCACUUUCAGUAACUGGCAAUGGAUAUAUGAUGCAGACCAUGUCAAUCAGUCUAAGAUAUUUAAAGGAUAUCAUUCUGGUGAAUCAUCAACAACUACUAUUAUCUGCUGCAUAUAUUUAUUUUCUUGUAUGAUGAUGAAUAACUAGACAGUUUUGGUAAAAUUAUACUUUUGCAAUUUCUAAGGUUGUAGGAAACUGAAAUAUUCUCUUCCCCGCACAUGCCAUUUUUGCCCUGGCAUAACGUCUUGCAGUGUCCAUGUCUUAAGGAGAAAAUGAGUCAAAUAAUUUAUAAGCACUAAAGAUUCUUCAAAAGCCAUCAGGUGAAAAGCCAUCAGAUAAUGUCUUAAGCAGAAUGUGACUGUUUUAUUGAAAAAGAAACCAGAUAAUUGAAAUAGCUGCAAUAAGAAUUGUGUUAAAUUGUUUUACAAAUGAAAAGAAUGUAGAAGAACAAAAUUAUACCUAGAAUGUGUGAUCAGAAUGUGCAAUACAAUAGCACAGAAAUUACCUUUAUAGUUAGAAAUGUCUCAGCUAUAUAAAAAUAUGGUGUAGAAGUUAUAACCAUGAGAAAGAACACUAAUAAAAUAAUUUGUCUUAAAUGUGGUGGCGAGAUAAAUGGAAUAUGUAAAACAGAGUCAGCUUUGUUGUGCAUCCCCAUAUCACUCU